CUUCUGGCGCACCGUUGGCACACUCAUUCUGAGCUUUUCAAAGAUGUCAAAGAUGGCUUCUGACGAGGACUUUUCUCUUGUAUCUGAGGAUGAAAUUGAAAAAAUAAUGCAGCAGGUUAAAUCUUGCGAGAAGGAGUAUGAGAUCCUGAUGAAAGACCAGAAAAUCCUCGCUGACUCCAGAGACAGCAACAGACACUUCAUCCAGGAGUUCACAGUGCGUUCUACAGACUUACGGAAAAGUCUUGAGGAUGAACAAAGGAAGCAGGAUGAAAUAGUGGACAAAGAGCUGGGGAAACAGACUGACCUGCGUGAACAGCAGCAAAAGCUGAUGAAAGAAAUAAUGAGGAUGGAAGAGGAGGUGAAGAGAGUGGAGCAGAAGAAUUACAACUUGAGGCAGCAAACACAGGUUACAACUGCAGUCCCUGAGAAGAAGGUAGUUUUCAACGGAGUCACAGCUGAAGGAGCAAAGGCCCUAAGCUUUGACAUGAAACCCCGAAUCCUCUUUCCCAUGGAGGGAGGCACAGCACUCAUCACUUUUGAAGAGGAAGAAGUGGCUCAGAAGGUCUUGAGUCUGAAGACCCAUCAGGUGCAGCUGGGUGAUCGCAGUGUUUUCAUCACUGUGGAGGCAAGGCCGGUUCAGUUCCUCAUGCCCUGCUACGUGGAGAUGGACACUCAGGUAUGUCCUCGGCGUAUCCUGGUCUCCAGUUUACCAAAAAAAGAGAGUGAGGAACGGCUUCUCGAUAAGCUGGAGAUUCACUUCUCCAAGAAGAAGAACGGAGGCGGCGAGGUCGAUUGCGUGGACAUGCUGCACGACUCCGGCAAUGUGGUCAUCGCCUUCAUAGACAACAACAUUGCUAAAGAUCUGACAGACAAGCAGGAUCAUGAGGUGGAGAUGGAGAAAGGGAGGAGGCACAAGGUGAAGGUCACACCCUUUCUCAACGGUGACAUUACAGAGCUCAAGACCUCAGAGUCCGUGUGCAUACGCACGGUGCUGCUGAGCGGUAUUCCGGCCAUCACUGAGCCGGACAACCUGCAAGACCUGCUGGAGAUCCACUUCCAGAAGACUGCCCACGGCGGGGGGGAGGUGGAUGCCAUUGUCUAUAACCCCGUGGGCCAGGACAUGCUGGCUGUUUUUGAGGAGGACUCCCCAAAAGAGAGUUAGUAAAACGGCACGCUGGGUCAAUCACCUCAGGCCACCGAAAACACCAGAUCACAGAAACUCGGACAGGUGGAAUUUGAGACUUAACAGAGAACUACUGAAUUUGAUUUGGAAAAGGGAUUUAUAACUCUAGUGUCAUUAAUUGGCUCCUUAAACAAGGCAAAAAAAUCUAAGUGGGUGUAAUGAGCUUUUUUCUCCC